GAAAUGUUUAUGAUGUCUGUAUAAAUGGCUUGUAUUUUAGGUAAAGAGGCUGUAGACAGUUGGUAUAGCGAGAUUAAAGAUUACAACUUUGGAAAAUCAGGACCUCAACCAAAAACAGGACACUUUACCCAAGUUGUGUGGAAAUCAACAACAGAUGUUGGAGUAGGAAUGGCUACUGAUGGAAAGUAUAUUUUUGUUGUUGGUCAAUACAGUCCUGCUGGAAACAUAACCAAUGCUGGUUACUAUGAGAAAAAUGUUCUACCUGCAGGUAAAGAGGCUGCAGACAAUGGGUGUAGCGAGAAUAAAGAUGACAACUUUGAAAAAUCAGCACAUCAACCAAAAACAGUGAAGUCUUUGGUGCCCAUGGCAGAUGAGAGCUACAAGAAAGUGUUCCUGGAGACCCACAACCAGUACAGGAGGAAACAUCAAGCCCCGGACCUGAAAAUGAAUGAGGAGCUGUGUAGAUCUGCUCAAAAAUGGGCAGAUCACAUUCUCAGUACGAGGACCCUUGGACACAGUGACACAGACAAUGGGGAAAAUGUAUUUUAUGCUUUUAGCUCCAGCCCAAAGCCGCAGACAGGUAAAGAGGCUGUAGACAGUUGGUAUAGUGAGAUUAAAGAUUACAACUUUGGAAAAUCAGGACAUCAACCAAAGACAGGACACUUUACCCAAGUUGUGUGGAAAUCAACUACAGAGGUUGGAGUAGGAAUGGCUACGGAUGGAAACACUAUUUUUGUUGUUGGUCAAUACAGUCCUGCUGGAAACAUAACCAAUGCUGGUUACUAUGAGAAAAAUGUUCUACCUGCAGGUAAAGAGGCUGCAGACAAUGGGUGUAGCGAGAAUAAAGAUGACAACUUUGAAAAAUCAGCACAUCAACCAAAGACAGUGAAGUCUUUGGUGCCCAUGGCAGAUGAGCGCUACAAGAAAGUGUUCCUGGAGACCCACAACCAGUACAGGAGGAAACAUCAAGCCCCAGACCUGAAAAUGAGUGAGGAGCUGUGUAGAUCUGCUCAACAAUGGGCAGAUCACAUGCUCAGUACGAGGACCCUUGGACACAGUGACACAGACAAUGGGGAAAAUGUAUAUCAUGCUUUUAGCUCCAACCCAAAGCCGCAGACAGGUAAAGAGGCUGUAGACAGUUGGUAUAGUGAGAUUAAAGAUUACAACUUUGGAAAAUCAGGACAUCAACCAAAGACAGGACACUUUACCCAAGUUGUGUGGAAAUCAACUACAGAUGUCGGAGUAGGAAUGGCUACUGAUGGAAACACUAUAUUUGUUGUUGGUCAAUACAGUCCUGCUGGAAACAUAACCAAUGCUGGUUACUAUGAGAAAAAUGUCCUACCUGCAGGUAAAGAGGCUGCAGACAAUGGGUGUAGCGAGAAUAAAGAUGACAACUUUGAAAAAUCAGCACAUCAACCAAAGACAGUGAAGUCUUUGGUGCCCAUGGCAGAUGAGAGCUACAAGAAAGUGUUCCUGGAGACCCACAACCAGUACAGGAGGAAACAUCAAGCCCCGGACCUGAAAAUGAGUGAGGCGCUGUGUAAAUCUGCUCAAAAAUGGGCAGAUCACCUACUCAGUACGAAUUCCCUUGGACACAGUGACACCGACAAUGGGGAAAAUGUAUUUUAUGCUUUUAGCUCCAGCCCAAAGCCGCAGACAGGUAAAGAGGCUGUAGACAGUUGGUAUAGCGAGAUUAAAGAUUACAACUUUAAAAAAUCAGGAUAUCAACCAGAGACAGGACACUUUACCCAAGUUGUGUGGAAAUCAACUACAGAGGUUGGAGUAGGAAUGGCUACUGAUGGAAAGACUAUUUUUGUUGUUGGUCAAUACAGUCCUGCUGGAAACAUAACCAAUGCUGGUUACUAUGAGAAAAAUGUUCUACCUCCAUCUGAACAAUGAUUGAUUUUUUUCUUUGUAAACAUGAAAGAUAUAAUGAAUUGUGAAAUUAAUUCUUAACUCAAAUCUAUAGAAAAUAUAUCUUGUAUAAUGAGUAAAUUUGUAUGUAUGCAUAA